AUGUUGGCUCGAAUGAACCAUCAAAUCGGCCCGAUCUUUGUUCUGACGCGUACUCUGUUUGCACGAAAAGAGCGUGAGUAUAUUUGGACUCGUAACAUGUCUCGUUUCCAAGGAAAAGUCGUCAUUGUUACUGGCUCAUCUUCUGGGAUCGGAGCUGGGACGGCUGUACUAUUCGCCAAGGAAGGUGCUAAAGUUACAAUCACUGGAAGGAAAAAGGAUGGUCUUGCGGGCACUAAGAAGGCUAUGCUCGAGGUUGGAGCCAACGAGGACCACAUCAAUGUAGUAGUUGCGGAUGUGACUGAUGCCCUAGGUAGAGAAGAAAUUGUCACAAGUACCAUCCAAAAGUUCGGAAGACUUGAUAUUUUGAUCAACAACGCAGGCGCUGGAUUCGAAAACGGUUCAAUGAAAAUGGAUGCGAACACGGAUCUACUUGAAAAAACAAUGAAAGUGAACGUGAGCAGCGUAAUUGAACUGAUUCAACUGUCUAAACCACACCUUAUAAAGGCUAAAGGCGAAAUUAUCAACGUUUCUAGCAUUACUGGUCUGCCGGUUGCGCAUUCAUCAGUCCCCUAUUACGCCAUGUCAAAAGCAGCAUUGGAUCAAAUGAUGCGAUCAUUAGCGAUUGAUCUUAUAGCUGAAGACGUUCGAGUGAAUAACGUCAAUCCGGGUGUUGUCGUUACACAGUUUAUUCAGAAUAUGGGCGUUCCCGACGAAAUGGCUCAAAAGAUGUAUGACAGUUUUGCGAGCAACCGCGCUGUGUUACCAUGCGGCAAGGUUGGUAAUCCGUCGGAUAUCGCGAACGUGAUCGCUUUUCUUGCCGACCGCAGUCAGUCCUUCUACAUCGUUGGUCAGACGAUCGUCGCUGACGGUGGAACAUCUAUUCACAUCGCCAAAGGUUAUAACCUGAAAGGUCAGCAGGUCGGCCCGUCAUCAAUAUCGGAGACUACAUUAUCUACUGCUGAUGCUGAUGAGAAGAAAGUAGGCGCGAUAACUGUGAAGAACGAUUACAGCAAAAUGGUGGAGGAAUUUGGCUCAACGUCGCCUAGUUGCGCCUUUCUACGAGCGCAUGAUCCCAGAUGA